UGAUUCUCCAGCUCGAGGCGUCAGACUCAGUAACGUCACGGACUCUCCGGUGCCCGUAGAAGCGGCUGGCCCGCAAUAACAAAUUGGAUGAAGACAGAAAUAUUACUAACAUCGAUUGAAAUCGGUUCAAGAUGGCGUCCGAGGGGGAAUACGAGUCGAUUUUGUGCGUAAAACCAGAUGUCAAUGUUUAUCGCAUCCCACCGAGGGCGUCGAACCGCGGAUACAGGGCUGCUGACUGGAAGCUGGAUACUCCAGACUGGACGGGCCGUUUGCGCAUUACAGCAAAGGGAAAAGUGGCUUAUAUCAAACUGGAGGACAAAGUCUCAGGUGAACUCUUUGCUCAAGCACCAGUUAAGGAAUACCCUGGAAUCACUGUGGAGACCGUCAGUGACUCCAGCCGCUAUUUUGUUCUCCGAAUACAGGAUGACAGCGGUCGAAGUGCAUUCAUCGGAGUUGGAUUCGGAGACAGAGGGGAUUCAUUUGACUUUAAUGUUGCCCUGCAGGAUCAUUUCAAGUGGGUGAAACAGGAGUUGGAAAUAAGCAAAAAUUCUCAGGCGGUAGACUCUGGACCCAAACUGGAUCUGGGCUUCAAAGAGGGACAGACCAUCACACUGAAUAUCGGGCAAGGUAAAAAGAGGGACAAGCCCCGCCCUCAGAGUUCAGGUGGAUUAGGGCUCCUCCCCCCUCCUCCAGGGGGAAAGAUAGCCCCUCCUCCUUCCUCCAAUCACAAUUCGGUACAGUCCACAGGAGGAGCACAAACAGGAUGUUUAUUGGAAUUGGACAGCAGUAACUCUAAUACAGUGGUUCAGUCGAACCCCAGCUCUGACCUUUGGGGUGACUUCUCAAGCUCUGCAAGCUCUGUCCCUCCUUCAGCAGCACGUCAGGAACCUUCGUCUGGGAACUGGGUGCAGUUCUAAGACCGCUUCAUUGUCUUUCAUCCUAUUAUUGUUCCUAUUCUUUCAUCUGAACCAAUGCAAUUUUAAGAUAAUGCCUGAAAAUUAGACACAGGCUGUAUGUAAAGCUUUUGGUUUUGUCAUCUGCUAAUAGAAGCAGAGCAUAGCAGGGAGGAAUUCUGUUGGCGUUAUUGAACAAAUCAACCAAAUUAUGGAAAAGUUUAUAUAAAAACAAGCAGCAAUCUCAUGGAAAUUGUAUGCGUGAAACAUUUCGGUAGCGUUUUGUUUUUGACAACCGAUUCAGUAUCUGUAAUUGUCCUCAGUGUUGUGUUCACUUUGUUGUCAUAACAUGUGUUCGUCUUUGGAAGAGUGAAUAUUUGUGUGUGUGCUUGGGUGUUUAAAAAUGAAGGGGGAGCUAGAUUAAAAAUGUGAAAUUGAAUGAGGUCUGGAUACAUCUACAGCUUGACAUGUUGUAUAGCAUAAGAAUAUAUAAAAACUGUACAGUUUAAAUUAAGUAAUAUAAACGUAUUGAUAAAUAAGGCCACAAUUUAGUGUAAUAAAGUGUUAUUAAAAUACAGCGCUAUGUCUUAAGUAUUCAUCACAUAUCCGUGCUGUCAUUUAAUUGACUAAUAAAUAGUCAUAUAUGUGUUAAACAAAUAAAAUACUCCAAAAGAACUACAAGAUGCAUUACUUGAAGUCUUUUGCUUAAACCUUA